UUUUUGUUGUUGUUGGUGAAAGUACUAAAGGCCUAAGACCUUUGCACAGUAAAUCUAUACAGACAUGUCUUUGCCUGGUAUCAGCAAUAAGUUCAUGUCUACUGUCUACUGAACGUAAACAACACUGAUUAUGUUGAUUACUUUAUGGGGUACUCUCCAAAAUGGUGGAAGACGGUAACUCGGGCAGAAGAAUUGAAAAAGCUUUAAAAGCUUAGCUUCGUAAAAUUACGGUUGAACCCCUGAUGUCACAUGGACUAUACCGAUGUCCUUGCUGCGUUUCCAGACCUGGGAACAUUGCAGUUGCAUUGCUGUCUACGGCGGGCCAGAGAGCUCUCAGAUUUUAUCCAAAAAAAUCUUAAUUUGUGUUGAACAAAGGUUUUACAGGUUUGGAACGACAUGAGGGUGAGUAAUUAAUGACAGAAUUUUCAUUUUUGGGUGAACUAUCCCUUUAAAUUGAUGCAAAAUUGAUAUUGGGAUGUGCAAGAUAGAUGACCAGGAAAAGGCCAAACAGCUAGAAGUUCUCAGCAAGUAUGAUUAAAUGACUAAUACUGAGCUCAAAUUAUCCAGUACUACAGCAAGUGUGCAACAGUAAAGUCUUACUCAAAUGUGCAUUAUGGGGAAAUAUGUUAAAUUAUCCAUUCGGAGGACACCACUGUCUAAAUAGGUAAGGUUAUCACUUGGAGUAGGAUGAAAAGGAUUUCAAAAUCCAGGACAAUGCAUGGAAUUAUGGAUGAAACCUUUGAAGAUAACUGAAAUUGUUCAGUGGGUUUGUGUACAUGUGCUUUUUACAACAGGGCUUUCAUUAAUUAUUCUCAUGCAAACACUUUGAAGAAAGUCACCUUUAAAAUAGGAACUUUAAAUUGCUUGCCUGGACAAAUACAAUUCAAGCCACCGAUUCAGUUCCCCUUUCCUUCUUCCUGGUGAUUUAAGGUUAUUUUCAGUUGCUAAAAUAUACUAGUGGAAAAAUGUCCUUUCACUUAGAGUGUGGUGCAAUCAUUGUCAUGCUGGCGCUCUUAUCUCCAGCCCUGGAUCAGCUCUCAAUAGGAAUGUGCGGCCAAGAGGUGGGGUGCGAAAUUGGGAAACUGUUGGCAGCAUUUGAGGGACACAUCUGUGCUUCAUCACUGGAGCCAUAUUCAGAUUGCCCAGUCUUUACAAACUCCAAAGUAUUCUUGGACUCCUGCAUGGAGCAGCACAGAUAACUUAGUAGGCUACCUUUUAAAAACAGUGUCUACAUUUGAAUACUAAACUGUCUGUGAGUUAGUUUUGCAUGUGUGUGUAAUUCACAGUCAUUGUGCAGUUCACACAGUUACACCCAGCUGUUACCCAACAAACACCUGCAUUCACACAAAAGAUCACACUUGUCAUGUAAACCAAGAACCACAAAUAUAUACAUAUAUAAGAGGGUAUAAACAGGAUCUGAAACAGUUACAAAUGUAUUUCAUGUAUUUAACAAAUGGUCGGUAUAAAGAGAGGUUCUCUAAUUUUCAGAAAAUGUUGAUAUUCAAACUUUCAAUUCAAUCUUCCUUUCAUGUACAAUUUUCUAGCUAGCUAGCUAAAUAAACAUGUUAACUACCAGCAUUAAGAAAACAAAUACAAAUGACAAAUUCAAAAAACAUCUUAUUUAUUUAUAUUUUUUUAAUCACAAGGUUGCAAUUUUAACUUAAGGUAGGGACUAGCUUUUGAAAUUAACAAACAAAUUUUUUUUAAAUUUAUUUUAAAAUAAUAAUGAUUUGGAUAACAGGUUGAAUGGCCAAGCUUGACGACAAUUUUAGCAAUUAAAAUUUGUAACGCUUUUAAAGUAUACAAUGAAUACAUAUGAAACAUAUUACGCAAUUGUACGGUUUUAUUUAGAAUUUAGAAAAUCAAGAACCUUAGACAAGAGUUUAUCAAACAUAUCUACAAUGGAUGUCUUUGAUACAUUAAACUCAAACCUUCUCUGAUCAAACAUUUAUUACUAUGUUUUUAACAAACCCGGUAGCGUGUGGUUGUGGUAAUACAAUUGGACCAAUUGAAUCGGCGAAUGUACCUUAUUAAUAUUACACAAGAUGAGUAACGCAAUAAAUUAAUCAAAUGUUUAAAACAGACCAAUGACUGAGCUCGCUGCGUGACCUCUAUAUUAAUAUUCAUGAGCUCCUUGCUGCCACGCCUCCGCAGUGGUCUUCCUGUGAUUGUGUUGUCUGCGUCCUAUUGGGCGGACGCAUCUUUCGCGUCGUCACGCAUAACAAAUUUCCACUUUACGCGUAAAAUAUUAUUAAAACAUGUCGUCUUUGUAUAAACCAUUUUCUGUUUCGGACGGGCCGUGCAAAGAUGCGAUACUGAGACGAGGAUGCACGCCGCUACAGCAUCCUGCGGCGCUGACCCGGAUUCCCUCCGCUGGCGGGGGCUCGACGCGCACUUUUACCCCAAUUCCUAACAUUUAUCCAGGCCAGAGGAAUCUAGCGGCCGCGGCAAUCGGAGGGAGAAAAAUCACCCAUCCGUGGAAGGCUAUUCUUGCAGGUGGCAUUGCAGGAGGCAUUGAGAUUUGCAUCACAUUUCCAACGGAGUAUGUGAAGACCCAGCUACAAUUAGAUGAACGAGCAAAUCCUCCACGGUACCGAGGCAUAGGCGACUGUGUUAAGCUGACGGUGCAGGAUCAUGGGUUGAGAGGUCUAUACAGAGGACUUAGUUCACUGCUUUAUGGAUCCAUCCCGAAAUCUGCAGUACGGUUUGGGACAUUUGAGGUUCUUAGUAACCCGAUGAGGGACGCCACGGGUCGGCUUGACAAUAAAGGAAGUUUGCUGUGUGGGCUUGGAGCGGGAAUUGCAGAGGCGGUGUUGGUGGUCUGUCCAAUGGAGACAGUCAAGGUGAAGUUCAUUCAUGACCAGUGCUCUCUGAGACCACGCUAUCGAGGGUUCUUCCAUGGUGUGCGGGAAAUAAUUAGAGAUCAAGGUGUCCGAGGGACGUAUCAAGGACUGACUGCUACACUUUUGAAGCAGGGUAGCAACCAGGCUAUACGCUUUUAUGUUAUGAACUUGUUGCGCAACUGGUACAAAGGCGAUGACCCCAGACGUGACAUGCAUCCUCUAGUUACAGCAUUGUUUGGAGCAACAGCCGGGGCGGCGAGUGUUUUUGGGAACACACCACUUGAUGUGGUGAAGACUCGAAUGCAGGGUUUGGAGGCUCACCGCUACAAGAGCACGUUAGAUUGUGCAUUCCAGAUUCUGAAGAAUGAAGGCCCUCAAGCGUUUUACAAAGGCACGGUCCCCCGACUGGGCAGAGUGUGUCUAGACGUGGCCAUUGUCUUUGUUCUCUACGAGGAGGUUGUUAAACUACUGAACAACGUCUGGAGAACAGACUGAAGAUGGACCAGGGUGCAGAACUGAUCGAGACCGACUGAACUAUUCAAACACAGUUGGCCACGUCAGUCAAGUCUAAAGAUCCAGAAUUGAACCGUGACCUCUGGCCUAGAGGAUUUAAACCAUCCAUCUGUGUCUGUAUAGUUGAAGCCAGGAGCUUGAGCCUCGAGAAGGAACAUGUAGCUUACGGUGUAUUUGACACACAAAAAUAUUGAAACAUGAGCAAGCGUUUCAUCAGUUUGCACUUUGGUAAAAUCAUGCAAGUGUCUUCUCAUCACCAUGCUUUUAUAGAGGUUGUCAUGAGACAGUCUACUUCUGUGGCAUGAAAUGUAAUAGCACAACCAAGUACGCAGAAAUAUCAAUGUAAUGCACAUGUUCUUUUGUCCUAGUUUACAUGUGCAGCUCUGAAAAUGUGCUUUUCUAAGAAGUCAAAUGUAGCGUGAUGUUGUCGUAAGUCUCAAAACUGGUAGAGGCUCAGACAUUCGUGAUACUCGAUAUAAAACUCGCAUGUUGAGCGCAAUCAUGAAGACCAGGCCAUUCAAGCUUGAUGUUUUAUGUUUUUUAUACAAUGUAAAAGGCAGCUUUUUUUUAGUUGCACAAUUUGUUAAUAAGCUUCUUUGUUGUUAACACAAGCAUCUCCCACAAAGGUUGCUUAUUCUGUACUAGCUACGCUACUUUUGUGUUCGUGUCUGCUAUGCACUGCUUCUUCACAACCAAUUCAACACAGAUUCAAUAAACCAAAUAGGUUGUUUCCCGUC